UCAUGAGCUUGUUUAUCCGGUGCACUGUCCACUUCCGGUUUCACCUUCCGCUAAUGAUGAUUGUCAAAACCUCUCUCUCUCUCUCUCUCUCUCUCUCUCUCUCUCUCUCCUCUCUCUGUUCCUUUUCCCAACGGCAGAGGUCGCUUGGCAUUUCCCAUGGCUCCUGAACGCAUGGACGCGUUGUCCUACUACUACUACACACUUAAUACCAAACCCGUACACGGCGCGCGACCAUAACGGAUGUGAACGCUGUGUUUUUGAAAAGGUCACGCGCAGGAGUCGUCAGGUCGCAGUUUAGCUAUACAUUCUUACAGACACUUUUUUUUGUUAAUUUUUUUAUAACAGGGUGCACUAUUUCCUGGCUUGUAGGCUGAAAGUGAACUUUAUAUAGCGUUAUAUUUAUAUUGAUAUAUUUGCGGUCGGUCCGGUGAAACCCAAACAGAAGUCAGUACACCGUCCUCAGGCAGAACUGAGCGGAUGAUGCGUGUUUUUUUUUUUGUUUUGUUUUUUUUUCGUGCUGAAGUGAAAAACCGCGAACGGAUGUGAGGGAAAGAGCGCCUGGAGAGAGAGAGAGAGAGAGAGAGAGAGAGAGACUCAACCCCUUUUUUUCUUCUUUCAAUCGUUCUGUUUCUUUUUUGUUUGGGUUAACAAUAGAGCAAGCGCGCCCGAGAGAGAGAGAGAGAGAGAGAGAGAGAGACUCGUAGACGCUGAACCUGUUUUCAUGCCUUCAGUGGAGCGGAGCGGGCGAUGGAUGUGAGAUUUUAUCCUGCACCCCCUUCGAGCGUGGGCUCCUGCACGUUAUCCACCGACUCCAGCCUCGCCUCUCUGGACUAUUACCACUGCAACAAGAACAGAUACAGUGUAGGAGAUCGUGCUAGGCUCUACAGCGGUUUGCCCGUGAGGCCCAACCCUGACGGGAAAAGACUGCCCUCUUCAGGGUUUGAUGGUGAAAACAUGUACAUGAAUGAAAAUAACCAAGAGUUCCUUUCCCCAAGUCAGCAGAACUACUCUGGGCAGGGAGGAGGAAGUGGGAACGGAGGAGGUGGCGGUGACGAGGACUAUGAGAUUCCUCCCAUAACCCCACCAAACCACCCCGAGCCUCCUGUGCUACAUCUGAUGGAUCCAGAGUCCAGCUAUUUGUGUCACUCACUGCCCCAUAACGGCCUGAUCAACCCGUACUCAUACCCCGAGCUGCCGGCUCUCAUGAUGUCCAACAUGCUUGCACAGGACGGUCACCUGCUCUCAAGCCAAAUGCCCUCGAUGCAGGCUCUGGCCGGGUCAGACAGCGGGCACUACCCCCGUGCCCACCAUGCCCCCAAGCUAAACACUCCUCCUACGAUACUGCCCCAUCCCAUGAGCGCUCUGUCCCAGCUCAGCUCUCGGAUUGGCCGAGGCUCCUUUACCUACGCUUCCCCCUCGUCCGUGGGAAGUCAGUCAGCCACGCCCUCCCCUUCGAACUCCACCCAGGAAGAGGAAGCAGAUUACCACGCAAAGAUCACGGGGGAGAAAAGACCCUCCUCAGACAUGAUGAAGCCCAAGCCCAAGCCUCAGAAGAAGAAGAAGAAGAAGGAUCCCAACGAGCCUCAGAAGCCCGUCUCAGCCUACGCCCUCUUCUUCCGGGACACUCAGGCGGCCAUUAAGGGACAGAACCCCAACGCUACGUUCGGAGACGUCUCCAAGAUCGUGGCUUCCAUGUGGGACAGUUUGGGAGAGGAGCAGAAGCAGGGGUAUAAGAGAAAAACAGAAGCGGCUAAGAAGGAGUACCUGAAGGCCCUGGCAGCGUACCGAGCCAGCCUGGUUUCCAAGACCUACAAUGACCCAGUGGAGAGUAAAAGUGCCCAGUCCAGCCAGCCCUCACCCCACAUGAUGCCCCCUAACCCCCCGCUGUACAGUGUGCCCCCUCAGCCUUCCUCUCCUUAUUUGGGCCCGAGUCCCUUCCCUCUAACCGACCUACAGAGUUACGCAGUGGCCGGAGCACCCCGGCAUGCGCUGCCUCGCUCGGCCAUGCUGCCCGCACUCAGUGCCUCCCCUCCAGCCUCGUUCCAAAUCAGCCCCCCUCUACACCAGCAGCUCUCCCUGCACCAGGGCUCGCUCCUCAACCAGCCAAUCCGCAUGCAGCAGGUCCAGUCGCAGCCAAUCAUCUCUCACCAGAUGGGCCUUCAGGCCUCACUCCACUCCCCGGCCCCAGGCCAGCAGGGUUUCUCCCACUUACAGUCAGAAUAUCAGAAGACUGUGGGAGGCUCUCAGUCUCCUGGAGCUCCAAACCCAGUGGGACAGAACCCUGACUGGGACAGUGAGUACUGCAAUCGGGAGUGUGGAGGAAACCACUGCAGUGGCAGCAUGAUAGGCAGGGACAAGCCACUCUACCUCACUUGAAGUGAAUGGAGAAGAAACAAAAAGACGAUGUGUGACAAAAAAAAAGUGAUGAAACAACACCAGGGAGUACCCUACACCUCUCCACCCUUUCCCCCGUCACCUUCUGUUUUUACUCAGUGUCAUUUUCAUUCGUUUUUAGAAGGAUGUGUACGCGUGUUCUGAAGACUACUAGUGAUCCUCUCAUUUUUUUGCCAAGCACUUAAAAUGUACAGGCCUCCCACUGGAGACCUUCCAGAGCACUCUUACUUUCUCUGAAUUUCAAAAAAAAAUAAAUAAUAAAUAAUAAUAAAAAAAAAAACAACAUAGAUAUAUUAAAGGAAAAAUUAAACAAACUACCAUAAACCUGGCCCUCAGGGCAAACGAGCUUUAAUUAAAAUAGAGGAAAGCUUUCCUCUUCUCGAUUACUUUCUCAUGCCCUCGUUUGUUCUUUUAUUUAUUUCUUGCUUGCUACAAUUUUUUUUUUUUGGUUGUUUUUUUUUGUUUUGUUUUAUUUUGUUUUUUAGCCAAUAACAGGUCCUGUACUGUAGAGAAAUACUCUUAUGAUGAAGUCAUUAAAGACCAACAUCUUACUGUAGGUCCAUCUGAUACUCUGUGAAUUUUGAAAAGAUAUUAGUAAGGUCAGAAAAGAAGAAGAAGAAGAAGAAAAAAAAGAAACAGGUGAAUAGAUAAAUACAUUUAAUAACUUUUCUUUCUUUUUUUUUUGUAAUUUUAAAGACCUUAAUAGGUCUUUAAUAAUCUGUCACAGUGUGAUUGUAAAUAUCACUUUUUUUGGGAUCAAAAUUGGAGAAAAAAAAAUAAAAUAAAAUGAAGUCCAGAUAUUUUUUCUUCUUUAAUAUGACUUAUAAUUCAUUAAUUUGUAUUUUAAAUGGUAUCCUAUGAGCGUGUGCUGGAAUGUGUGCAAAUGAGUGUGUGUGUGUGUGUGUGUGUGUGUGUGUUGAAAAAUUGAUCAGCCUGUGCAGAUAUUAGAGGAGUGUUUCACACGAACACAAUCUUGCAUUAAAUCUGUGCUCACUGGUGGAUUGUCGAAUAAAGAUUGAUGGUUCAAAACCAUUACAAACUUUAUGACCCGCGUCUCCGUUCGGGAUCUGCAAAAACUGCAGCUCGGACCGUGUAAAUUAGCAGAAAACCCUGACCCAGGCCUUUUGCUUGUAACAUUUUUCCAAACAGGCUUGUUUUAAGAACCGAAAUUGGUUCAGGAUUCGAUUGGCUUUGUUUGUUAUCUCAGGUUGUACAUUUCAGACGGAUGAAAAACGGGGCCAGGUUUUACAGGAACUGUACUCUAUCUCAAAUACACACCCCCGCCACCCCCCACCCCAGUAUUAAAACAAAGGCAUUCAUUUAAAGGCAAUCAGAGUCGUUCUUUUGGCCUGGUCUGACUGAUGAAUCCAUACCAGUGCAACAUUUAGAGGUGAAUUUAAACCGUGCUCAAUGUGAGAUAUUUCAGCACACAUUUAAAACAACAGUGGGUCUAUAGUUUUCUAGUAGCUUUGCUAGGUGUUAUAUUGUGUUGAUCUCAUCCUUAUGUUUUGUGGGAAAAAAAAUAAUACAUUUGAUCAUUUAGUCAAGCUUUUUUUUUUUUUUCUUUCACUGUAGCAUAAUAUUUUAGUUUGGUUAAAAAAAAAAACUUUUAAGACAUUUAAUUUGUGUACAAACCUGCCAAUUGUAGUUAUUUUAUUUGUAAAGCCAGUAAUUAUAAUUAUUUUAAAUUGUUACCAACUUAUCCUUUUUUUUUUUUUUUUGCAAGUUGCCCAUCAGUUAUUUAAUUGUUUAACAGGUUUCCUAUCUAUUUAUGAACAAAAUGAGAUCAUUUUUGCAUAUAACUACAUUAUUUCGUUUGGAUUUUUUUUUUGUGCUUUUUUGGUUUGAUGAAGAUUGCUUUUGUUUGUUUGUUUGUUUGUUUGUUUGUUUGUUUGUUCGUUCGUUUUUUUACUUUUUGAUACUGGCCUAUUCUUUCCUUGCAGCCAGGUAAUUUUGUGUCACUAUAUCUUUUUGGUUUCAUUUGUCCGUAAUAAAAAAAAAAAAUGUUAAAGGUGAAAUAAAAUGGUCUUUCUUUAUUUAUUUAUUUAUUUCGUAUCUCGUUCAAAACAUCAUAAUGCGGUUACAAACACAAACACAUUUCACACACACACACACACACGCUGUUUCAAAUAUCUUUUCAUAAAAGACAAUCUCAUAAAUGGUUGCUCAUUUUCACCUCACAUAAACCUGAGUUAGUACUAAAUAGAAAUAAUUUUCGAGAGCGAAUUAGUUGAACUCUGAAUACAUGACGUGAAUGCCGAAUUGCACGACCUGCACAGGAAUAAAAAAAACAAAACAAAAAAAAGAAUAACUAAUAAGACGUUACAGCAUAUACGGUCUGAUUAAAACAAAUGCAUUAUAGAGGUUGUACGUCCACAGAGUUUUGAUAUUCUAUAAAGUAUCUGAUGCUUUUUCUAUGCAACAUAGUGUGAAAUGAAAGCUACAGUAUACUGUAGGAUUGCUGAGCACCCCACUUCCCCAAACGCCAUUAUAUGUUUUAUUCAUACCACACCAGGCACCUCUGCUAGUAUUGAAUUGGCAAAUAGAUCAUUAUUGAGCAAUUGGAAACCUGAAGCACCAUUCCGUGC